AUGGUUCCUGUCAGUGCAGAAAUCCCAGCCCAGAUGGAUAGAUCAACAGAAGACCGGAAAGAACCGAAAAGAUCCAAACUUUCUGAACCCAACCCAGAAAACAGAGAUGAUUUGAUCAGCAAUUUGCCAGACACAAUUCUGUGUCACAUUUUGUCAUUUCUCCCAACAAAGUAUGCAGUGGGCACCUCCAUUCUGUCAUCCAAGUGGAAGAAUCUGUUUACCUUGAUCUCUAAUCUUAAUUUGGAUUUCGAUGAUUCCUUAGUUUUGCACCAUCCCAAUGGAGGAACAAAUUUGAAAGAAGAAGUUGAAUCUGAGCCCGAGGAAGAGAAUGAAAAUAGCUUUACAGAUUUCGUUGGUGGGGUUUUGAAGAGGUUGCUGCAAAAUAGCGCUCGUAUUCAUGAGUUCAAUCUCAUUUGUGACAAAAAAUUCAAAGAUGAUUGCGUGGCUACUUGGAUUCGCUCUGCUGUUAUGCUUAGCGUCCAAAGUGUUUGUCUUAAUGCCUCAAUCAGAGAUUCUAGUCAGUUAUUUGCUAGUCUUAGUGGCUGCACUAGCUUACUGGAAUUGUACUUGGUUGGAACUUCUAUUCUUAAAAUUCCUUCUGUCAAGUUUCCCAAUUUGAAGAUCUUGUUUCUCGCUUAUGCCCGGUUUCCAGUCGAUAAACCUGUGGAACUGCUGUUUGAUGGAUGCCAUGUGCUUGAAGCCCUGGUAUGGAGUCAUUGCAGUAUCGUAACCGACAACUUUCGUAUCUGUAUGCCUUUGCUGAAUAAUUUGAUAAUUAGGAGUUGUUUCAUUACUUCCACUGUGGUCAUAGAUGCGCCGAAGCUUGACUACUUGCACUACCUUGGCAUACUUGCUGAAUCUCACUCAUUCGUGCGUAAUUUUGAUCGGCUUUAUUGUUUAGAAUUACAUGUUAUACCUCUCAGCAGACUUUUGGAAGCCUAUGAUGAAGAACUGCACGGUUCUUCUGGCUAUGGUUACAUGAACUUGUCUGAGAUUUUUACUACAUGCUUCGGAGUUGAGAUUUUACAAUUGGGACAUUUCACUAUUGAGGCUCUUGACCAUCUAUCACUUCCAAUGCCUAAAUUUUGUAACUUGAAGAGUUUGAAACUUGGAGGUAUGGGUAUGGCAGGAUGGAGAACAUUGGGAAGCUUGCUUGAAAAUUCUCCGAAUCUUGAAACUCUAGUUAUUCGUGAGGGUUUCGACAUGUAUGAUGAGGGCUUUGCAAGUUUCUUGUCAUCACUGAAUGGUGUGCCGUAUUGUUUAUCCUCAAGCAUGAAGCAGAUCGAGAUUGGAGCUUUCAAAGGUCAGGAGGAUGAAAUUAAUCUGAUCGAAUAUUUCUUACAGAAGGGAAAAGUUCUGGAGAAGUUGCUUUUCAAUUGUGACUUUGACUGGGGAAAGAAUUUCGAUGUCCUUAAGAGAAUCAUUGUGGGCUCAAUAAAAAUAAACCCGAGAUUAAAACUUUAAUUUAUCAAAACUAUAAAUUUCAUUUAUCCGGAUAAAUAGAAAUAGAAUUUAUGGUUUUGAUAGAUUAAAUUCUCGAUCUCGGGUUUAGGCGGCAGUGAUAGAGAGAAAUAAUGUAUCAAAACAGAGUCAAUGACGGAUUUAAAAUGGCGG